GCGCUUCUAAUUUAUUUGUUUUUCUCACUUGACUUUUAUUUACACGUGCAUUGGCAUGUGAGUGGCGUUCAGAGGGGAGGAUAUGGGGGUUUGGCCACGGGUUUCAGGUUUUCAGGUUUUUGGGAAAAGCUAUUGCAGCAUCGUGCCGCCGUUUGUUACCUUUGUUUGUGAAAGUUCUCCGUGCGCCGUUCGCCGUUCGCCGUUCGCCUUUCGGGCCAGGGCAGAGUGCCAAAUUGGCCUAAUGGCGUUAAUGCGAAUACGAGUCGAGACUAAGCCAACGACAAUCCACAAAAGCAAAGGUCGUUUACACAGCUCCACAUUCACGUUUCACGUUCCAGUUUCCAUCCUUAUCCAGAAAUGCAACCUGCACCCAUAGAUACGGAUAUAAAGUGCUCAGGGUGGAUGCCGGAGAAGAGCACCCAUUAAGCUCCACCACCGCCCCCACAUCCUGGCAAUGCAAAUCAAAGCACUUAAAAAGUUGAGCAAUUUGGCAAGGAAUCUGCCAAGGCAGUCCGAGAACAUUCCAACGGAAAAUGGCAAAAUAUGUUUUGGACUCUCCUCGCAUCAUUAAAGUUUUCAUUUCGAAGCAAUUUGAUUAUUCAUGAUAUAUCGAAAAAUAAUAAGACCAUGGCAAUAAUCGAGUCAAAACUCCAAAGCAACCCUGAUUGUGUCAGACAAGCGUUUGCCAAUUAGCAUCAUUCUUUCCUCGUCAGCUUUCGAGCCAUUUGGUUUCGGUUUUCCAAUAGUUCCCCUCAAUGGCUCCGUUUUCAACUUGCUCCAGAUGCCAGGUCCGAACCCGGAAAUUGGUCAAGGAUCCCCAGACUUUAAAACUAAUCUACAUCUGCCCGAAAUGCUUCAAGUCCAAGGAAUACAAAGAUUCCCUCAAAAAAAUAAAAACGCCGGAACAACCAAAAUUGGAAAAGGAAAAAGUCAAGCCCCGCAUGAAAAUAACUCCACCUGUAAUGCAAACAGUGGUCAUAAAUGGAAAAAAAUAUAUUGCCAUAAGUGAAUCAGCUGAUGACGAUUAGUUUUUUGGUGGACAUGCUUUUAAUUUUUUUUUUUUUACAUUUGUUAAUAUACAUACAAAUCCAUGAAUAAAUUAACUUAUUAUACGAUAA